AAUCGCAGGCCCGCUGCGCCUCAUGCCGCUUCCGCGCGUUCACUUUAUGUACUCGGUGUCUGUGAGUGUCUCUGCUGUCCUCUUUCCGGACGUCGCCGACUCUCUUUGUUUCUCGGGCUUCGUGUCUGUGUCCUCAGUCUAUUUUGUAUAGACCGUUUCUCUCGGUCUCCUCAGCCUCCGUGUGGGUCAUUCCCCAGGCAUCUGAGACCUGAGGGCCCAUUCCCGAGCCACAUGGAAGAGCCCUCACCGCCCAGCUCUGACCCGCGGGAGACGGUGGACCCGGGGUCUCGCGCAGACGUCAUAGAAGAAGUGACAUCAUGCACCAUCAACAGCUGUCUGUUCCAGCAGGAAGAUGAGAAAGGGAUUACCUACCGUAUCCCAGCCCUGCUCUAUGUGCCUCCCUUCCACACCUUCCUGGCCUUUGCAGAGAAGCGUUCCACAGUCAGGGAUGAAGAUGCUCUCUACUUGGUGCUGAGGCGAGGGGUGAGGAUCGGGCGCUCUGUACAGUGGGAACCCCUGAAGCUGCUGAUGGAAGCCACACUGCCUGGUCACCGCACCAUGAACCCCUGUCCUGUGUGGGAGAAGAAUAGUGGUUAUGUGUUCCUGUUCUUCAUCUGUGUGCGGGGCCAUGUCACGGAGUAUGAACAGAUUGUGUCAGGCAGGAAUGCGGCCCGCCUCUGCUUUAUCUGCAGUCAGGAUGCUGGGCGUUCAUGGAGUGAGGUCAGGGACUUGACUGAGGAGGUCAUUGGCCCAGAGGUGAAGCACUGGGCCACAUUUGCUGUGGGUCCAGGUCAUGGCAUUCAGAUGCAGUCGGGUAGGCUGGUCAUCCCUGCAUACACCUACUACAUCCCUUACUGGUUCUCUUGCUUGAGGAUACCAUGUCGAGUCAGGCCUCACUCACUGAUGAUCUUCAGUGAUGACCUAGGAGCCACCUGGCACCAUGGCAGCCUCAUUAGGCCGUUGGUGACAGUGGAGUGUGAAGUGGCAGAGGUGACUGGGAGGACUGGUCACUCCGUGCUAUAUUGCAGUGCCCGGACACCCAACAGAUGCCGGGCAGAGGCUCUUAGCAUUGACAGUGGUGAAUGUUUUCAGAGAGCAGCUCUUAGCCAACAGCUCCGUGAGCCCCCACAUGGCUGCCAAGGCAGUGUUGUAAGUUUCCUGCCCCUGCAGAUCCUACACAGGUGCCAGAACCCUAGUGGCCAAGAUGCUCCCACCAUUCAGCAGACUCUGCCAGACAGUUCACUGAGACUGGAGGAGGAAGCUGGAAUACCCUCACAAUCAUGGCUCUUGUACUCACACCCAGUCAAUAGCAAACGGAGGGUUGACCUAGGUAUCUACCUCAACCAGGCCCCUUUGGAAGUUGCCUGCUGGUCUCACCCAUGGAUUUUGCACCAUGGGCCCUGUGGCUACUCUGAUCUGGCUGCUGUGGAGGAGGACGGCUUGUUUGCGUGUUUGUUUGAAUGUGGGACCAAGCAGGGGUGUGAGCAGAUUGCCUUCCGUCUGUUUACAAACCGAGAGGUCCUGACCCACAUUCAGGGGGACUGAAUGCACCAGCCCUGGUAGGAAUUUAAGUCAAUUCAAGUCUAACUAAUUGGCUUGUGACUCAACUUUCUUUCCAAGGAAAUGGCAGCCACAGCCAGAAUAAUAGAGGUUACUAGAAUCUUCAGAGAAUCCCCAAACACAGUAUUUUGUUCCCUCCCUUUUUUCACUUCUCCCACUCCAAAGAACAACGUGAAAAUUUUGCCAUAUCUACUGCAGAGGAAAGAGCACUGAACUAGGAGUUGGAAGACCAUGAUAUGGUCCUGGCUCUGCCGCUGGCUCCCUUUAGGAUCUUGGACAUGUCACCUGAACUCUGGGCCUCAGGUCUCGAUCUGUAAAAUGAAAAGACUGGUUCUGUGAUUUCUCGUCUUCCCAUUUCUAGAAGAGGCAGAGUACCAGAUGCCCCAUGAUCAGUUAGUUGUCACUACUUAAAACACUUCUGAUCUCAGAGGACUUAUAUCAUCAAAUGACUUGCCUGCCCCUCAUCCAAAUAUGAGGUUGCAAGCCAGUGUCAGGGCAGAAAAGAAGACUAGUAUUGUUUGCUCCAAUUUAAUAACAAAAAUACCCUCAUCUUUCUCAUCAUGUUCAGAGUUCUAUAGGUUCUCUAUUCUAGAAGAAUUGGACAAAAUAGUAGAACCAUGAAAUCUUCUUACCUUCUUUAACUUAUAGCUCUGUUUGACCUUCCUGUCCUCAUCCAGAAAGCAUCAUUUUCUUGGGAGAAAAGUAAGAAGCUCAGCGCCAGUAGUCCUUGAUAAUCUGCUUACUGCAUCUGAUGGCAUUACCCUAGUAAAAGAUAAGCCUGAAGUUCAUUUGUUAGGAUGUUUCCUGAUAUGAAAAAGACAUGGGUUAGGACUUUAAAACUCUGGACAAAGCUUCUUACUAUCUCUGCCUUCAAGGAACUCACAGAUUAUGGGGAUAGAAGAGGGAAAAAAUUCAAGAAAACAAAUGCAACUGAGGGGGAUAGUUUGUAGAUACUGGGCUACAAGUUGGGGUGAUGACAGCUCCUGAUCUCAUUGUCUUAGUUGCAUCUUCAGUGUGUCUAGAAUCAUCUGUCCAAGGGCUUGUCCAGGCUGCUGGGUUUCCUUCAAGUUUGCUGUUUUCAGAAUGUCUUGGCUCAGCUACUCCUUUACCUGUGGAGAAGGUCUUCACUAUUGGAUCUGGACUUCCAAAUCUCUGAAUCAGGCCUGUUUGGAACUCCUGGAAUCACUACUCAUGAAGUAGGGAUGCCUUUUUGUCUAAUAGCUUAGGUGCUGAAUUUGGCCAAUGCUGUGUAUCUCAGAUGAGACCAGUUUGGUUGUUCCUGUCCUUGAUUAUUUCUACCAUUGUCUGUUAUUGUGACAGAGAUUCUAUCACAAGAGAUUUAUUUUUUGUUCUUCUUUCAGGAGAAUAAUGCCUUAAACUGGUAUCAACUAAAUAUAUUUGGUGCUGGGUAGUGACCAUGGUAAGCAAGUCUUAGUCAUGGAUAUAGCCUAGGAGGCUAUGGGUUGCAAUUGUACCAGUCAAGUGGAAGACAGUCCUAACAAGUUGAAAGUAGAGAUUAACUUUGCUGACUUCAGCAUAUUGCUUGAGCUCAUGGCCUAAAGUAUCUUUUUUUGUGCAACAGUCACUGAAAGAGAAUGCCUUUAAUUAUUCCCUUUGCCUCUCAUACAUUUGCCAAAGUAAUUUUCCUAAUACACAGAUAUGAUCAUUCAUUCAUGCAUGUAUACUUUUUUUUUUU